AUGGGUGCAGGCAACGGCAGCGAGUUGAGUGAAUUCUUCCUUGAGGGCCUCACUGAUGAUCCACAGCUUCAGCCUAUAUUUUUUGCCCUCUUCUUCCUAAUCUAUGCAAUCACAAUGGUGAGAAACCUGGGCCUCCUUGCCAUCAUUGUGUUCAGCCCUCGACUCCACACUCCCAUGUAUUUCUUCCUCAGCAGCCUAUCUUUUACUGACUUCUGUUAUUCUUCAGUCACAGUUCCAAAAAUGUUGAUGGGGUUUUUCUCUGGUUGCCAAACAAUCUCCUUCUCUGGUUGUGUGGUACAGACAAGCUGCUUUGUGAUCUUUGCUGUCACUGAGUUCUUCCUCCUGGCUUCCAUGGCCUAUGACUGCUAUGUGGGCAUCUGCAACCCUCUGCUUUACCAUAUCAUCAUGUCCCCAAGGUUCUGUUUGCAGCUAGUGGCUGCCAGCUAUGCAGUGGGCCUAAUGAACAUGGUGGUCCUCAUGAGCACAACUUUUUAUCUGACCUUCUGUAAAUCCCAUGCCAUCACUCACUAUUUCUGUGAUAUCCCUCCCCUUUUAAAACUCUCUUGCUCUGACACACAGAUACUCCAACUUCUCCUCUUUGCCUGUGGUGGCUUAAUGUGUCUGUGUCCCUGA